AUGGUCGUACCAUCAACUUUUGCCCAAGCGAACAUGUACACGAACCUCAUCGUCGCCUGCCUACCCACUCUCUACCACAUCUUCGCCGGGCUGCACUCCGGUCUCAUCACGACUCGAUUACCAGACAAUGUCGAACUCUCCACGCGGCGGAAGGGCAGCAGCUACGGCAAGCAGACGCCGCUCAGCGCAGAGAAACGCCGCAGCAUAUAUACAGGGUUUGCUUUUGGAAACGGCGACUCCGUAGUGACCACCAACGUCCGUACGGAUUCUCGAGAGGGCCGGUUGAGCCGAAUCCCCAGUGAUGAUAGUGAGGGGACCAGCGCCAGUACAAAGCAAUUGACGAUGGAAUCACGGAGGGGUGGAGUGCUCAAGACAGUGGACAUCCACGUCCAUGUGGAACAUGAGUCGGAUUAA